GACAAGGGGUGGGGUGCUUGGAUGUACACGAACAUGCCGAGAGGAGAGUGCGUGGACGAGCGAUGACAGCCAUGCUGAGCCCAAAGAUCAGACAGACCAGGAGAGCCAGGUCCAAGAGCAUGGUGAUGGGUGAGGUGUCACGGGGCUCGUGCCGGCCGGCCUCCCCCAGCCUGCAGGAGGGGGCGCUGAAAGCUGGCUGGCUGAAGAAGCAGCGCAGCAUCAUGAAGAACUGGCAGCUCCGCUGGUUCGUGCUGCGCUCAGACCAGCUCUUCUUCUACAAAGACGAGGAAGAAACCAAACCACAGGGCUGUAUACCUCUGCAGGGCUGCCAGGUCAAUGAGCUCACAGCUAAUCCGGACGAACCAGGAAGACACCUUUUUGAGAUUGUACCAGGUGGAACAGGAGAGAAGGACCGGGCACCGAUCAGCCAUGAGUCCUUCCUGCUCAUGGCAAACUCCCAGACAGACAUGGAUGACUGGGUCAAGGCCAUACGGCGGGUCAUCUGGGCACCAUUUGGAGGAGGGAUAUUUGGCCAGCGUUUAGAGGACACAGUGCAGUAUGAGAGGAAGUUUGGCCCCCGGCUGGCCCCCCUGCUGGUGGAGCAGUGUGUUGACUUCAUCAGGGAAAGAGGUUUGGACGAGGAGGGUCUCUUUCGCAUGCCGGGACAGGCCAACCUGGUCAAAGAGCUGCAGGAGGCCUUUGACUGCGGGGACAAGCCUCUGUUUGACAGUAAUACAGACGUCCACACGGUGGCAUCCUUGCUGAAGCUGUACCUGCGAGAGCUGCCUGAACCAGUCAUUCCUUUCUGCAAAUAUGAAGACUUUCUAACCUGUGCACAGCUUUUGGCCAAAGACGAGGAGGAGGGGGUCCAGGAGCUGGGAAAGCAAGUUAACACUCUACCUCUACCUAACUACAAUCUCCUCACCUACAUAUGCAAAUUCCUCGAUGAGGUCCAGUCCCACUCCAGUGAGAACAAGAUGAGUGUCCAGAACCUCGCCACAGUAUUUGGACCAAAUAUCCUUCGACCCAAGAUGGAGGACCCAGUCACUAUCAUGGAAGGCACCUCUCUGGUCCAGCACCUGAUGACAAUCCUCAUUAGGGAACACAACCGCUUGUACUCAGGAAGGGACCAGGAGGGACCCACUGCACCCCAAACAGAGCUCCCUGUCCAGGGUCAUCAGCUCCAGCAUCGCAGCCUGGGCGCCUGGAUCUCAGAGGAAGACCUCCAGAACUGCCCGGUGUCCAACCCUGACCAAGAACUGCACAGCAGUGCCUCAUCUCUGGAUGCCAAACUGUGUGCAGCUGUCACUCCCACCCAGACCCCUAACCUGAACCCCGGACCAAAACUGGGGUCUCCAUCAGGGAAAGGUGAGACGGUGGUUAGCCCGAGUAAACAAGCCAAGUCCAUACCUUCCUGGAAAUACUCUUUCAAAAGCUCUUCGGCUCCUCGUUCACAGCCGCAAGGCAAGCAAAGCAGCGGCGGCGGCUCUGCGGCUGAUGUGACUAGUGUAUCAUCUGGUGGGGGUGGAGGUGGGAGUGGAGGUGGAGGUAACUGGCUCAUGAAUGGUUUGUCGUCCUUGAGGGGACACCGGCGCACCUCAUCAGGCGAGCGGUCCGCCCGUGAUCGUGACUCCACGGGCUCUUCACAGAGACUGUCCACCUAUGACAACGUCACCUCUUCCUCAAGCAUGGGGAGCGUCCCAAGUGUCUCCAGCACACCUUGGUCCACUUCCUCCUGCGAAAUCUCCGUCCCCGACUCGGUAAGUGAACCCUCACCAAACCAGAACUGUGGAGUAGGGGGUGAAAUUGGGGAAAAAGGGGAGUGGAUGGAGAGCCAGAGGGAGAUUGACAGAGGAAGGGAUGGAGGGAUGACGACAGACCCGAGCUCUGAGCAGGACAGUUGUGAGGCCAUGGAGCUGUGCAGUAGCAGUGCAGCCUGCAGUGAGAAUGGAAACAUGGCCAUGGCGGCCGGGGUGCCAUCCAUCAUUAUGUCUGAGGAUGGGGACGGGACAAAUCUAACACUGAGCUGUCUGGUGGAAGGACUGAAGGAAGAGUUGAGGAAACAGAAGACUUCAUACGAGGCCAGGAUCCAAAAACUGGAGGAGUCCAGUGCUGCUCUGUGUGCACAGAUGGAGCGUUUGGAACAAGAGAUGGAGCAGGAGAGGAAGAAGCAACGCAUGCUGGAGAUCAAACUACGCAACUCGGAGCGGGCGCGCGAGGAUGCAGAGAACCGCAAUCGGCUGCUGGAGAAAGAGAUGGAGGAUUUCUUUUCCACACUGGGAGAUCUGGCCCUGGGUGCAAGGACUAGUGACAUUUGAUACGGCAUCUGUCUGUGGCCAAAACUGUCAGGGUUUGUAUUUUGGGAUAUUGGGUGUCUUCUCAAGGGCUCAUGUCCUCCUCAGUGUAUCAGGGCGUUCCUUCAAAAGAACAUUAAAACAAGGAAAUAAAGGAACCCGCCACAGUCGUGUGCUAUCAGGAUAAACUCAAAGGGAACUGAAAUAUGGAGAUGGCAGCGGAAAUUAGGGUGCAAAUAUGAAAUGAGGACUGACUGUGUGGUCCUCAUCAGAAUCAUCUCCAUUGAGCACUGAGUGGUUUUGAGUUUCUGUCGCAUGUUUGAAAUGGAACGUUAAGACGAUGGCGCUCUUGUGAUCACACUCCUUGAUGAGUCCAGGGUUUGUCUUGUGAAGGCAGUAUUUUAACAGUUCAGGUGCCUGUAUGUGACUGGUGUAACAUAAUGAAACUUCUCUGACAUUCUCUUUACUGGAGAGCACUGACUUCUUCAACCACUAAGGACAUGACAUGAAUGGAUUUCAUGCUGAAACUGUAUGACUCAUAAGAGAUGUUAAUGGUAAUGCAGACAGUUGACUGAUAUUUAUCUAUAUCUGAUAUUUAUCUUUAAGGAAUAGUGCUACAUUUGGGAAAUACACUUUGCCUUUUUGUUGAAAGGUGGAUGAGAAAUUUGAUUCCACUCUCAUGACUGUAGGAUUAACAUGAAGCUACAACCAGCAGCUGGUUAGCCUAGCUAAAUAUAGAGUGACAAUAAAAGCAGGGAAAAUGCUAAUCUAGCACUGUCCUUUUUGAAAAUCUGUUAACCAAUAGGGAUGGGCAUUUGAUGGAACUUCCAUUUUCGACAACUUGGAUUAAAUUAUUAUAGAGUACUUGUGAGAAAAAUCUAAUGUAAGAAAAGGUACGUAAACUGGCCAACAAUGGGAAACAAGCGCAAUUUGAAAUGUAUUUAUUUAACGGAAAGGCCUCUAUCAGCCUUUAAAUUCAAAGUUGACAUGACAGAAAUCAACAAACUUUCUAUCACUGUUUGCUAACGUUACAUAGAUUAGAUGCAGUGCUGAAGGGCUGUCACUGAGCUGCUGUCCUCCAGGCUAGCACAAGCUAACGCAGCAGCAGCGGCUAACACCUGAUACCAAGCAGUUUAACAGUCUCAACAUACUCAAAACAACACCGAAAUGCCUGUUCUGUUGAUAACCAUUAGGUAACGUCAGCCUAGCUGUGUGAUGCUAACAGUUAGCCCUGUCACUGUGUGUGUGUGUGUGUGUGUGUGAUGACGGAUGAUUGUAUCCACUUACUGUUACUGCACAGAAAUGAAGCCAAAAUAUCCCAGACACGGCCACUGCCAUCUUGUGCUGGUGAUGUCAUUUGGAGCCAGAGUCUGCUUAGUAGUGAUCUCCGCCAUGUCGAGUUCCCACCUACUGCCCAUCUGACCAAUUGGAAGCAGCACCAUUGAUCAUGAGCACACUUAUUGGCACACAGAGUAGUCAAUCAUGACAUCAAACCCAAUUUUUAUAGUUAAAAUUACUAAUUAAAACCAAACGUCUUAAAAAAACAAACAUUUGUACUUACACUUGUAAGUAAGAACUACCUAAAAUACCUAAAAAAAAUUCUUUGGGGAAAGAUGGUUUGGCUUAGUUUGGCUCAUGUCCCAUUUGCUAACAGGGAGGGGGCGGGGUUUAUAACCUGUACUGCAGCCAACCACCAGGGGGCAAUUGCGUUGUUUUGGCUUCAUUUUUAGGGAGCUGUCAUGUCAUCCAUCUUUUUUAUACUGUGUUUAAUAUGUACAAAACCAAAAUGUAUUAACUGUCUCUCCCCACUGUUUUCUAGGUUAGCUAGGCUAACCAUCAUAUUUAUGCUAUAGUCAUGAGAGUGAUAUCAAUCUUCCCAUCUAACUCUCAGCAAGAAUGGAAAUAAAUGUAUUUCUUUAACUUAAAGGUCAGUUCAGUCAGAUUAAAAAAACACCAUAUUUCCUCACAUGCCUGUAGUGGUGGCUAGCUAUGCUAACUGCUUUAUUUUUAGCUGGACUUUGAAGUUACAAAAGAGUUCUAUGAAAUAGCCAGAAUAACAUUCUUAGUUUUUCUGAAAGAGAUGUUGCUGAAUUGGAAAUUUUUUAAAUGUUGUUUUAAAUGCUGUGAUAAACAACAUACAAAUCACCUCCAUUUGUAAAGUUGGUUGCAAAAACCUCAUACCCUGGCUAUUUUUAAAGCUGUGCAAAUUAUACUUAAUUAUUUGCAUGGCUAGACACCACAAGGUGUAAUUGAGAGAAUAUGUUUUAAGUAAUCUGAGUGAACUGACCGUUAAACUGUACAGCGGUAGCUUUAGCAGAAGUUCUCCCACUUGCGUUUAUCCUCCUGUCCUGUAUUUGUGCUGCAGACAUCUUUUUUUCUUGGGUGUUUUACUGUAAAAUCAAAUUUGUACAUUGUAAUAGACGCAGGUUUAGGAUGAGAAAAAACUGAAGCAGUAAUAGGUGGAACCUCUGCAACAGCUGCCUCUGUACCUUCUUUUUCCUCAGGCCCUUCCAGUGCCUCUACACCUCGUCACCAUCUGCAUGGUUUCCAUGUCCACUUGAUGGCAAAGCCUCAGCCUUCGGUUCACUCCGACCCUCAUAGAUGUCAAUAUACCUUUAAUGUACAGAUAAUACAACAGGGACAAUGGAAACAAUUAUUCAAGCAUUUUCAACUUAGCGCAUGCUGCCUCGGACACAGGACACAUGGCUCAGUAGGUGAAGGCCAUUUACAGUACACAGUUAAUACCAAAGCUGGACCGCCUCAGCUGUUCGCUCACUAAAGAUCAGAAUGGCCUGCCUGGAAGCCAUGUUGAUUUUGGCACAUGAAGCUGAACACUGCCCUCAAAGAAACAAUGGAAUUUCCUGGUUGUGCCUUCAGGGAAGUGUUUUGAAAUAGGAAAAAUGUAGUGUUGCUUGCUUGUCCAGAGAUGUAGUGAAUAUAUUCGCCCAUAGUACACACAGUGGCUGCAUUGUUUGUUUUUUUAUUUUUUAUUAUUAUUUUUUUUUAAUAUGGCAACAAACUGCUGAAUAACUUGAUCUCCCUAGAAGGUGCCAAUUCUUGUGAAAGUGAAUUGUGAAUUGAAUGGAAGUUUUGAAUUAAGAAUGUAUCCUUGUAGUGAAUGUAAUAUGUUGUUGAUGAAACCAGCCCUAUGAAAAAAAAAAAAAAUGUAAACGACUACCAGAGCAGGAAAAAAAAAUUAUAGUCACUGAAGAUGUGCAGUUCAUCCAACUCUUCAACCCACAUCCCUGACCCCAAUCAUCCUACUUUAAUGCUGGACAUGUGAUGUAAUAUGGGAUGCAUCACGCAGACUUACAUCACGUCAGGUAGCUGUGAUGUGUUUAAUGGCUCUGCUCCAUUGAACACUGAAUUAUGUGUUCCUAAAAUGAAGAGUUGCAGAUAUCUCUUUUGUGAGAAUUGCAUGUGGUCCCACUGUUGAACAUGAAAAUGUUUUUUUUAGCAUCUUAUCACCAAUCAGAAGAAUGUCCAGAAGGGUUUUUUCGUAAAGACCCUGACAAACAGUAUAAUUACAAGUGAAAGUGUGCUUUUGGUUAGACAACGUGACUGUAUUUUCUUUUUAUAUUUUAUGUAUAAACAUCAAGCCAAUGUUAUUACAUUACCCUCUUUAAUUGCACAGGUUUAAAAGGUACUUGUCCUCCAGUUCACAAUAUGAUGGUUCAAAUCUAUUGCAGGUUCUCUGAUUCCAAGGGGCAAUUAUUUCCCUUUAUGUGUGUCUCAUGACUAAGGCUAAAUGUUUCUUACUGCUCUGCUGAUUAUCUAUGGUGCUUAUUUAUUAUGGAUUUCCACUAUUGUAAUGAAUGGACAUGUAUGGGAAUAAAG